AUGGCGAUGAAGACUGUUUGGAUCAUACUGCUGUGUUUGUUUGCUAUUUCACAGGCGGAUCAAGGUUUCGAUGUUCGUCAUCACUUGUCCACCGUCACCAGGUACUCAGCUUCGAAAGAUGUAUCCCAAAAUUUGAUUGAACCGUCGAAUGUCCCCAGUGAGUGUACACCUAUCCACCUUAACCUUGUGGCUAGGCAUGGAACUCGUUCUCCGACCAAGAAACGGUUGCGGGAAUUGGAGAAUUUGGCUGGUAGGUUAAAGGAAUUGGUAAGAGAUGCAGAAGCUAGGAAGACGCCUUCAGACAAAAUCCCCGGAUGGUUAGGGAAAUGGAUAUCUCCUUGGCAAGGAAAAGUGAAAGGCGGAGAGCUGAUCAGGCAAGGCGAGGACGAGCUGUACCAACUUGGAGUCCGGGUUAGGGAACGGUUUCCUACGUUGUUUGAAGACGAUUACCACCCUGAUGUCUACACUAUAAGAGCUACGCAGAUUCCUCGGGCAUCUGCAAGUGCAGUGGCAUUUGGAAUGGGGUUAUUCAGUGAGAAAGGAGAACUGGGACCAGGACGUAAUAGAGCAUUCGCUGUCACAAGUGAAAACCGUGCUAGUGAUACCAAGCUGAGAUUCUUUGAAUGUUGUCAAAACUACAAGAGCUAUAGAAAAGCUAAAGAGCCUGCUGUGGAUAAGCUCAAGGAACCUGUUCUGAAUAAGAUUACAGCUUCCCUUGCAAAGAGACAUGAUUUAAGUUUCACGAAACAGGACAUUUCUUCUCUGUGGUUUUUGUGCAAGCAGGAAGCAUCAUUGCUUAAUGUAACUAAUCAAAGUUGUGAACUUUUCACGCCAUCUGAGGUUGCUUUGCUCGAAUGGGCAGAUGACUUGGAAGUGUUUCUCCUCAAAGGUUAUGGAAAUUCCUUGAACUACAAAAUGGGAGUUCCAUUGCUAGAAGAUGUUUUGCAUUCGAUGGAAGAAGCUAUCAAGGCCCGAGAAGAAAAGCUCCCAACUGGAAGUUACGAAAAAGCAAGACUUAGGUUUGCCCAUGCCGAAACAAUAGUUCCCUUCUCUUGUCUUCUGGGUCUUUUCCUUCAUGGACCUGAGUUCGAGAAAAUACAGAAGGAGAAACCAUUGGAACUCCCUCCCCAGCCUCCUAAAACCAGGGACUUUAAAGGCAGCACCAUGGCUCCUUUUGCUGGGAACAACAUGCUUGCCCUCUACAGUUGUCCUGCAGCUUCCUCGCCCAAGUACUUCGUGCAGGUUCUGCACAACGAGCAUCCUAUUCCACUUCCGGGUUGUGAUGGAAAAGAUUUCUGUCCUCUUGAAGAUUUCAAGACUAAAGUGGUGACCCCUCAUCUGAAGCAUGCUUUUGACAACCUCUGCAAUGCAAAUGCGAAACAGAAGCCUUCAUCAAGUAUGUUUUCUUUACUGUCGAGUUGGCUGUUUGGGUCGAGCCAUCAAACCGAGCUCUAA